CCGCUCUCCCCCAUUGGCCCAUUCCCCGCCUCCUUAAGACCUCCCCCGCCCGGCGAGCCCGUCACCGCAGCAGCCACCGCGCAACGACAGCGACCAAGAAGAAGCCGCCUGCUCCGAGCGAAGCGCUAGCACCCGCGGCGUGUCCGUACACCGCUGUGAAAAAGGAGAGGGGUGAGUGAGGAAACAGAGAGGAGGGGAAGAUGUACUUCCGGCCGCCGCCCAAAGGCCCCGAGUGGUACGCCGGCGAUGCGGAGGCGGGGCAGGCGGCGCGGCCGCUGUACCCGAUGAUGCUGGAGGACCCGCGCCUGCGGUGGGCCUUCAUCCGGAAGGUGUACAGCAUCCUCUCCAUCCAGAUGCUGCUCACCGUCGCCGUCGCCGCCAUCGUCGUCUACGUCCGCCCCGUCGCGCUCUUCUUCGUCUCCACGCCCGGCGGAUUCGGGCUCUACAUCUUCCUCAUCAUCCUCCCGUUCAUCGUGCUGUGCCCGCUGUACUACUACUACCAGCACCACCCGGUGAACCUGCUGCUGCUGGGCCUCUUCACCGUCGCCAUCAGCUUCGCCGUCGGCCUCACCUGCGCCUUCACCAAGGGGGAGGUGAUCCUCGAGUCGGCCAUCCUCACGUCGGUGGUGGUGGUGAGCCUGACGGCGUACACCUUCUGGGCGGCCAGGCGCGGCCACGACUUCAGCUUCCUGGGCCCGUUCCUCUUCGCCGCCGUCAUGAUCCUCAUGGUGUUCGCGCUCAUCCAGCUCUUCUUCCCGCUCGGCCGCGUCUCGCUCAUGGUCUACGGCGGCCUGGCGGCGCUCGUCUUCUGCGGCUACAUCAUCUACGACACCGACAACCUCAUCAAGCGCUACUCCUACGACGAGUACGUCUGGGCCGCCGUCGCGCUCUACCUCGACGUCAUCAACCUCUUCCUCUCCCUCCUCACGCUCUUCAGGGCGGCGGAUUCGUGAGCACGCCACGGCACGGCCCGGCCCGGCCGGGUGACAGCGAGAGGAGGAUCUUGGAAUGUGCUUUGCCUAAUUGCCUUGCCUUGCCCUGUCUCUGAUUUCUGCCUGAAUACUCCUGUACAGUGAAAUAAUUGUUUUUGGCUAUGUGAUUUUCUUUGCUUUGCCUGCAAAGAUUGUUUAAUGUAACAUAGUAGUUCCAAGUU